UGGCGCUUUGCGACCAAGACUAUACUAUUGUAGAUUCUCUACAAAAGAUGAGAGAGACAGUACUGAACACCCUUGAAAAUGCUACCGUUGAUAGCAUAGUCUGAUACCAGGUAGAGUGUACAAUAAGGGAAUUUGAAGUUCAGAUUUUGGAAACUUUUAAAAGUCUCUUUGAAACUAAUGCGGAAAAAUCCUCGCUCGAAGCAAGCAGCAUGCUCCAAAAGAGCCAAAGGAAUCCAGGACUCCUACAGGCUUCUAUGGAAGCCCUCAAGAAAGUCAAGAUGCUUGAAAAUAUGGAAAUGAUGUUGAAAAUUAAACGAAAUAAUCAAAGUGACUGAAAUCCAGAGGUUGUCGAUUCAGCACUUUCAAAAAUCAAACUUCAAAAACAAAAAAUCUAUGAUGAUCUCAUCACAAUUCAUGAUGAAGAGACUCACCACGGGUUUGAAACCUCAAGGUUUGACAGUAGCCAAAAGUUUGAACUCCCUGAGGAGAGAUCAGUCCAGCUCCAGUUCACAGCUGAUAAGGUUGAAAACCAAGAUGAGGACAACCUCUACUCUGAUGAGAAAGGAAACCUGUGUAACAGCUUCAUGGCAAAUGCUAUGAAUGCCUUCCAGAACCCACUUAUCAAACCUGAAAUAGAGAUGACUCCUCACGGAAAAAUAAUUGAGCACAAUGAGAACGACUUUACUGAAGAAGACAAAGAAAGUCCUCCUAAAGAGAAAGAUCUAUCCCCAGUUGGGAAGUUUGAUCUAUCAAACCAAAAGUACACACCUAUCGAUGAAGAUUCUAGUGAGGAGAAUACUGAGCCAAGGAAGUUCCCUGAGUUUUUGACUCAAGAAAAUCAGGGGCCCAAUACACCAUAUAAAAGUUCAGAUAGUGAAGAGGAUGAGGUUUGCACCCCUGAUGCCUCUUCCUUCUCAGUGAAGGUGUCUAAUGCAUCUAGUAAGAAAUCGCAAGGAAAAUUUAAAAGUAAAGCUUUACAGAAUGUAUAUACAUCAGAAAAGAAGAACAAGAAGUCAAAAAAGGUUGAUUACUCAGUGUUCGCACAGAAAGGCAGAGCUCAGAAAAUGCCUGUAAGAAGGAAACAAGAGGUCACUUCUGCAACUAGGAAGCAUGAAGUUCUCCCUGUGAAGAAAAAACAGGAAAUUCAGCCUCAGCAGAAGAGGCAAGAAGGUAGCUCAGUUCCUAAGAAAUUCCCAGUAAAGCCAGUUGUUAGACAAACAUCGUUUCAAAAACGAAAUAAAGAAGCUAAAUUACCUCCAAAAUCUUCUAAAAUUACUAACAAAGCUAUUGAGAGACAGAUAGAACUAGUCCAGAAGAACCAGAAGGAGUCUUCUCAGCGGGACUUAGAAGAUCAGCCAAUGUCAGAUAAUUUCCUAAACAUCAACAUUGAUCAUGGCUUCGAGGAAGUUCUUUCUAGUUCUGGGCCUUCUGAGCAAUCUCAUGAAGAAGAGAAAGUAGAACAAUGCCAGUCAGAUCUGGUCAAUAUCCAACUAAACACAGACUUUAAUGGCAAUAACUUAGAGGAGUACGAUAAGGAAGAACCCAGCGAAGCAGAACCUUCUGAAAGAGAACCACCUCAGUUUUACCAACAGCAGGAUGAGCACACUGAUGAUCCUCAGCCAGAUGAAGAAGAUCAUUCCGGGGAUCUUAAAGACUGUACUCCUCUAAGUGUGGUUAAUGCGUUCUUUAAACAGAUGAAUAGCCAAGAAAUAAAAUAGAAAGUUAGCAAAAUUUCAAUUAA